CGGUCUUUGUGGCUCGCCGCUCCGAGUCAGCGGCUUGCGCCUUGGGCGCUGCUGGGCUUCGCGAAAAGAAGAGAGUACUCAAAGAAACUCUGAAAUACUGUACCCAGUCAUAGUGAGCUUUUUGCUCCACUGUUUAAGCCAGAAUGGCUGUGGAAUCCAGAGCAGUUUCAACCUCGGUACCUCAGAGUCCUCAGGAUCAAGAACUAAUACUAGUGAAAGUAGAAGAAAGCCUCUCCUGGGGUCAGAAAUGUAAGCAGAGUGGGAGCAUCAGAUCCUGCCAAGAAUUGUUCCGCCAGCAAUUCAGAAAGUUUUGCUACCAGGAGACACCUGGGCCCCGGGAAGCCCUGGGCCGACUCCAGGAGCUUUGCCAUCAGUGGCUGAGGCCAGAGUUGCACACCAAGGAGCAGAUCCUGGAGCUGCUGGUGCUCGAGCAGUUUCUGAGCAUCCUGCCUGAGGAGCUGCAGAUUUGGGUUCAGCAACAUAGUCCAAAAAGCGGCGAGGAAGCUGUGACCCUGUUGGAGGAUUUGGAGAGGGAAUUUGAUGAUCCAGGGCAGCAGCAGGGACCAGCAGUACCAUGGAAGGAUUUGACAGGUCUUGGAACAUCCCAAGAGUUAACAAACAUCCAACUCCAGCCUUUAAAGACACAGCUGAAACCCUGGGAACCUUGCCUUUCCCCCCAAAAUGAUUGUGAGAACAGUGUAUCAGCGACCAAGAAGGACAUUUCAGGAGAAAAAUCACAAGGACGUCCCCAGGAACCUUCACUUGGAGGAGUUAGUGAACACAGCAGCGAUUUAGAGUGGCAACAAGAAAGUGCUACAGGGGAGAAAUUAAGAAGAUCCCCUUCCCGAGAGGGCAGUUUUAGUCAAGUAAUCUUCACACACAAAUCUCUGGGAAAGAGAGACCAUCAUGAGCCUCAAAGCAGCUUGAUUCUAAGUACAAACUCUAUAACUUACCAGAAAGUUCCUACAGAAGAGAGACCUUAUAGAUGUGAUGUAUGUGGCCACAGCUUCAAACAGCAUUCCUCUCUAACACAACAUCAGAGAAUCCAUACUGGAGAAAAGCCCUAUAAGUGUAACCAGUGUGGGAAGGCUUUUAGUUUGAGGUCCUACCUGAUCAUUCAUCAGAGAAUUCACAGUGGUGAGAAAGCAUAUGAAUGUAGUGAAUGUGGGAAAGCCUUCAAUCAGAGCUCAGCCCUCAUUAGACAUCGCAAAAUUCAUACUGGGGAGAAAGCUUGUAAGUGUAAUGAAUGUGGCAAAGCAUUCAGUCAAAGUUCGUAUCUCAUUAUACAUCAAAGAAUUCACACUGGCGAGAAACCCUAUGAGUGUAAUGAGUGUGGGAAAACCUUUAGCCAAAGCUCAAAGCUUAUUAGACACCAGCGAAUUCAUACAGGAGAGAGACCUUAUGAAUGUAAUGAAUGUGGAAAAGCUUUCAGGCAGAGUUCAGAGCUGAUAACCCAUCAGAGAAUACAUAGUGGAGAGAAGCCCUAUGAAUGUAAUGAGUGUGGAAAAGCUUUCAGUUUGAGCUCAAACCUCAUCAGACAUCAGAGAAUUCAUAGCGGAGAGGAACCUUAUCAGUGUAAUGAAUGUGGCAAAACCUUCAAAAGGAGCUCAGCCCUUGUUCAGCAUCAGAGAAUCCAUUCUGGGGAUGAAGCUUACGUAUGUAACGAAUGUGGGAAGACUUUCAGGCACAGAUCAGUCCUCAUGCGCCACCAGAGGGUCCACACUGUAAAUUUAACCCAUUGGGAGAAACCCUAUGAAUGUGAUAAGUGUGGAAAGGCCUUUAGUGUGAGCUCAGCUCUGGUUCUGCAUCAGAGAAUUCAUACAGGGGAGAAACCCUAUCCUUGUACUUGGUGCAUUAAAAGUUUCAGUCGGAGCUCAGACCUUAUUAAACAUCAAAGAGUCCACACUGGUGAAAAACCUUAUAAAUGUGAUGAAUGUGGGAAAGCCUUCAGUCAGAGUUCUGAUCUCAUUAUCCAUCAGAGAAUCCAUACAGGAGAAAAACCCUAUCAAUGCAGUCAUUGUAGUAAAUGCUUUAGCCAGCGUUCAGACCUGGUUAAGCAUCAGAGAAUCCAUACUGGCGAAAAGCCUUAUACAUGUAACCAGUGUAACAAGCAUUUUAGUCAGAGUUCUGAUGUUAUAAAACAUCAAAGAAUCCACACUGGGGAGAAACCAUAUAAAUGUGAUGUGUGUGGAAAAGCCUUCAGUCAGAGCUCAGAUCUUAUUCUGCAUCAGAGAAUUCACACUGGGGAGAAACCAUAUCCAUGUAAUCAGUGUAGCAAAAGUUUCAGUCAGAACUCAGACCUUAUUAAACAUCGAAGGAUCCACACUGGAGAGAAACCCUAUAAAUGUAAUGAAUGUGGUAAAGCUUUUAAUCAGAGCUCGGUCCUUAUUCUGCAUCAGAGAAUUCACACUGGAGAGAAACCCUAUCCAUGUAAUCAGUGUAGCAAAACCUUCAGUAGACUUUCAGAUCUCAUGAAUCAUCAAAGAAUUCACACUGGAGAGAAACCUUACCCAUGUAGCCAGUGUAGUAAAAUGUUUAGUCGAAGAUCAGACCUUGUUAAACAUCAUAGAAUUCAUACAGGUGAGAAGCCCUAUGAAUGUGAUGAGUGUGGGAAAACCUUUAGUCAGAGCUCAAAUCUUAUUCUCCAUCAGAGAAUCCACACUGGAGAGAAACCCUAUCCAUGUAGUGAUUGUACUAAAAGUUUUAGUCGUCGUUCAGACCUCGUUAAACAUCAAAGAAUACACACUGGAGAGAAGCCGUAUGCAUGUAACCAGUGCAAUAAAAGUUUCAGUCAAAGCUCAGACCUCACUAAACAUCAGAGAGUGCACUCUGGGGAAAAGCCCUAUCACUGUGAUCAUUGUGAGAAAGCCUUCAGUCAGAGUUCUGACCUUAUUCUUCAUCAGAGAAUUCACACUGGAGAAAAACCAUACCCCUGCACACAGUGCAGCAAAAGUUUCAGCCAGAACUCAGACCUUAUCAAACACCAGAGAAUCCACACUGGGGAAAAACCAUAUAAAUGUCCUGAGUGUGGAAAAACUUUUAGUCAGUGCUCAGCUCUUACCCUACAUCAGAGGAUCCACACUGGGGAAAAACCAUAUUCAUGUGAUCAGUGUGGCAAAAGCUUUAGUCGGCGCUCUGAUCUCAUUAACCAUCAAAGAAUCCACGCUGGUGAAAAGCCACAUAAAUGUGAUGCAUGUGGGAAAGCCUUCGGCACAUGCACUGAACUUACUGAACACCAGAGAAUCCACACUGGGGAGAGACCACACACAUGUGUUCGGUGCAGCAGAAGUUUUAGCCAGCUCUCUGAUCUUAUUAAUCAUGAGAAAGUCCAUUCUGCAGAAGACAGGCUAAGUGUGAUGAAUGUGGGAAAACCUUUAGAGUAUACACCGACUUUAUUUCGUACCAGAGACACUAUACCAGAAAAAAAUCUUAGGAAUGCUAUUGAGGAUUAUGAAAAAGGUUUUAAUCAGUGCUCAACUCUUGUGCUACAUUAAACACACACACACACACACACACACACACACACUGGACAGAAAACAUUAAGUUCUACAAUGAAUAUUUAACUGAGAGUUCAGACAUUACUAAACUUAAGAAAAAUUCUGAAGAGGAUCCUGUGAGUAAUUGGGAAAACUUUCAAUAUGAAUAAAAGUAUUACUGAAUGUCA